AACCCGAUUCGGGUUCGGAAAUCCAAACCAGUUUCCCAUCGCGAAUGCACGCUCUCGCAUGAGUUGUGUUUUUAUCCCUCUCUCUCUCUCAAUUCGAAAUUCCUUCUUGUCUUCUCUGCGCUUCUCUUCCCUCUCCUCUCCCAUUUUUUAUUGGAUCCAUCCAGAGUUCCUUCUCGCAAUCUCUUGAUCCAAGCUCUCUCUCCCUCUCCGGCAUCGCGGAUUUGGUGCUUGAAUCCUGCUUGAUCGAGAUAACUGUCCUCCAUUGCGAUCGAACGCUUGAAUUUUUCGGUUUAACUAUGGAAACAUAAUCAUCCUGGGCAGAUAAAGUUAUUUUGUUGAAAAUCAUGGGGACUGAAAAUCCUGUGACUGGUUCACCAUUUGCUGCUGCUCCCCCUACAGUUACACCGUUUUCAGCAUCUGGCCCGGUGAUGGGAUCAGAGGCCUCGGGCUUUAGACCCCCUGCUCAACAUCCCCAAAACACGAUGCUUUCUAUGUCAUCUGGGCCUGUGGCUGGAUCACAAGUUUCUGGGUUCAGGCCUAACAACCCCCCAGCUAGGUUUAAUGAUCCUUCCGUGGCUUCUUCACCAACAGCAUAUGUCCCACCCACCAGCGGACCCCCUUUCCAGUGUUAUCCAUCACCGCAAUUUCCCUCUGUUCAUCAAGCUCCACCAACCCAAGCUCCACCCAUUGGUCAACCACCAUUUCGGUCUCCUGCAGGUCAAUUACCAUCUCCAGCUUCCUUUCAUCCACAGCCACAGGUACCUGUAGUGCCAAUGGGAUCACCUCCAUCAAGUUUGAAUGUUCCUCAAUUGUCAUCAGAUUCAUCGUCUUUUGCAUCCAGGAUGAAUUUUCAGCCAUCUUUCCCACGUAUGGACUCAUCUUAUUCCACUGCUAGGGCCACUUUGCAGCCAUCCUUGCCAGGAUAUGUAAAGCAGGCAAAUGCAAUUUCACAAGCUUCUCCAAUGACCUCCUUUCAAGCUCAACAGGGAAGUUAUGCAGCACCCACACCAACACCACCUCCCCCCUUUCUUCCUCAGCAAGGAGGUUUUGCUCAACCUCCACCAGUAGGCACCCCCUUUGGAUUGCAUUCCAGGGAUCAAAUCCAACAUCCAGGCUCUGCACCUCCUAUAGGUGGCAUCCAAGGUUUGGCAGAAGACUUCAGCUCACUCUCUAUUGGAUCUGUUCCUGGAUCAAUUGAUUCAGGGCUUGAUCCAAAAGCAUUGCCAAGGCCAUUGGAUGGUGAUGUGGAGCCAAAUUCAUUGGGAGAUGCAUACUCCAUGAAUUGCAAUCCUAGAUAUCUUCGGCUUACCACGUCUGCUGUACCAAGUUCACAAUCUUUGCUUUCAAGGUGGCAUUUUCCUCUUGGAGCAGUUAUUUGCCCGCUUGCAGAAGCUCCUGACGGGGAUGAGGUGCCAGUAAUUAAUUUUGUCUCAACUGGCAUUAUUCGUUGUAGAAGAUGUCGCACAUAUGUAAAUCCCUAUGUGACAUUUACAGAUUCUGGAAGAAAGUGGUGUUGCAACAUCUGUGCUCUGCCUAAUGAAGUUCCUGGAAACUAUUUUGCUCAGCUAGAUGCCACUGGCAGGAGAAUUGAUUUGGACCAGAGACCUGAGCUUACAAAGGGUAGUGUGGAGUUUGUUGCUCCGACUGAGUAUAUGGUGCGGCCUCCAAUGCCACCAUUAUAUUUCUUUCUCAUGGACGUUUCAGUAUCUGCAGUUAGAAGUGGUAUGAUUGAGGUUGUGGCCCAAACUAUUAAGUCCUGUUUGGAUGAGUUACCAGGCUACCCCAGAACGCAGGUUGGGUUCAUCACCUUUGACAGCACAAUACAUUUUUACAACAUGAAGUCAUCAUUAACACAGCCUCAGAUGAUGGUGGUCUCAGAUCUUGAUGACAUAUUUGUUCCCUUGCCUGAUGAUCUCCUUGUUAACUUGUCUGAGUCAAGAUCUGUGGUAGAAGCUUUUCUUGAUAGCUUACCCUCCAUGUUUCAGGACAAUGUGAAUGUGGAGUCUGCUCUUGGCCCUGCUGUAAAAGCAACUUUCAUGGUUAUGAGCCAGCUUGGUGGGAAAUUGUUGAUAUUUCAGAACACGAUUCCAUCUCUUGGUGUUGGCCGUUUGAAGUUGCGUGGAGAUGAUCUUCGCGUUUAUGGAACUGAUAAAGAGCAUGCUUUAAGAAUUCCAGAAGAUCCAUUCUAUAAAAACAUGGCCGCCGAAUGCACCAAGUACCAGAUAGGAGUUAAUGUGUAUGCCUUCGGUGAUAAAUACACUGAUAUAGCCUCCUUAGGAGCUCUAGCAAAAUACUCCGGAGGGCAGGUAUAUUACUAUCCAAGUUUCCAAUCAGCCACUCAUGGAGAGAAGUUGAGACAUGAGUUGGCUAGAGAUCUUACAAGAGAAACUGCUUGGGAAGCUGUCAUGCGCAUAAGAUGUGGAAAAGGUAUUCGUUUUACAUCCUACCAUGGAAACUUCAUGCUAAGGUCCACUGAUUUACUAGCACUUCCAGCUGUUGAUUGUGACAAAGCAUAUGGGGCACAGUUAUCACUUGAAGAGACAUUACUUACAAGUAAAACAGUAUAUUUCCAAGUUGCUUUGCUAUACACUGCUUCUUGUGGAGAGAGGCGUAUCAGAGUACACACAGCAGCAGUGCCUGUAGUUGCAGAUUUGGGGGAGAUGUAUCGCCAGGCUGAUACUGGUGCUAUUGUAUCUUUGUUUGCCAGGCUAGCAAUCGAGAAAUCAUUGUCCCACAAGCUGGAAGAUGCACGAAGCUCUGUACAGUUGAGGAUUGUGAAAGCUCUUAGAGAAUACCGAAAUCUCUAUGCCAUGCAACAUCGCUUGGGAGGCAGGAUGAUAUAUCCAGAACCUCUGAAGUUUUUGCCUCUGUAUGGAUUGGCACUUUGUAAAUCAGCGGCUCUUCGAGGAGGGUAUGCUGAUGUUCAACUUGAUGAUCGCUGUGCAGCAGGAUUCACUAUGAUGGCAUUACCUGUAAAAACAAUGUUGAAGCUUUUGUACCCUAGCUUGAUACGAGUAGAUGAAUAUCUUUUGAAGCCAUCUGCACAAGUCGGUGAAUUCAAAAACAUCAUGAAACGGUUACCAUUGACCGCUGAGAGCUUAGACUCCAGAGGCCUUUAUGUAUAUGAUGAUGGUUUUCGCUUUGUUGUAUGGUUUGGUAGAAUGUUUUCACCUGAUGUAGCAAUGAAUUUACUUGGACAAGAUGCUGCUGUUGAGUUUUCCAAGGUUGCUCUCGGUAAGCAUGAUACUGAGAUGUCAAGAAAGCUAAUGGGGCUACUUAAGAAAUUAAGAGAUAGUGAUCCUUCAUAUUAUCAGCUUUGCAAUCUUGUAAGACAAGGUGAGCAGCCCAGAGAAGGUUACCUUCUUCUCACAAAUCUCGUGGAGGACCAGAUUGGGGGUGCCAGUGGUUAUAGUGACUGGAUGGUGCAAAUACAUCGGCAAGUACAGCAAAAUGCAUAAAUUGAAGCCAGUGUUGUUUUGUGCUGUUUCAUCGUAAGGUUUUCUGUUUUCGAUGGCUUGCCUGGCCCGCACCUGUAGAGUGAAGACAUGUUUUGUUAAAAAAAGCAUAAAUAAUCAGCACUUGACGAUGGCUUGCCGUCGAUAUUGUGGAUGGUUGAGUUGGACUGAUCGCCCAGAUGGACUUUGAAGCUACCAUUUGGUUGGUCCUUGACAUGAUUCGAUAAUUAAGGGAGAUUUACUUCAGUGAUUAUUUUGGCGCUGCAGUUUUCAUGUUGAAAAGCAAAACAGUAUCAAUAUAUUUAUUUUUUUUGUACUUGAUGACAGUAAUUAUCAUCAGUAAUUGUUAUAUUUGUGUUGUAUCCCGAGUCUUUCAUGCGCAAAAAAUUUUGAAUGUCCAUUAGGCAUUUAUUUAUUCAGAGAGAGAUGUUUUAUGUUUGCUUAA